AUGGUGCUCGCGCGCAAGAAGCUGAAGCAGAAGCUCCACGCACUCCUCCCAGCCGGCGAAGCCGCCGCGGAGGCGCAUGGCGAGGAGGUGGAGGCCGUGAAGGAGCGGCUCUUAGCCUCCAAGCGGCCGCGCCCCAAGAGGGAGCGGAAGCCCAAGAAGAAGUCGCUCCCCGAGAUGGUGCGGCAGACGGAGGAGGAGAUUAGGGAGGAGAUGGAGCGGAGGAGGGAGAAGAGGAGGAAGGAGAAGAAGGAGAGAAGGAGGAUCAGGAGGUUGAUGGAGGCCGAGGCCGCGGCGGCGGCGGCGGCGGAGCCGGAGACGCAGCAGGUGGAUGGGGAGACGGGGGCGGAAAUGGAGGGCAAGGAAGAGGCCGAUUCUGCUGCUGGGUCUGAGUCUGACCAGCCUGUCGAGGCAGAGGAUAGCGAGCAAAAUAUAAACAAGGUGGAAGUGACCAAACCUGCUGUUGGGUCCAACAAUCACAUUGUUGCAGAUAAUAGGCAGCAGAAUCACAAAGUGGAAAUGGCCAAAACUGUUGUCGGGUCCGACAAUCCUAUAGUCACUGAGCAUAGGGAGCAAAGUAUAAAGAAGGUAUAUGUUGGUGGCAUCCCAUACUAUUCAUCUGAGGAUGACAUAAGAAGUUUCUUUGAAGUAUGUGGCAGUAUCACAGUGAUUGACUGCAUGACUUUUCCCGAGAGCGGGAAAUUCAGGGGUAUUGCAAUUCUCACUUUUAAGACUGAUGCUGCCGCACAGAGGGCAUUAGCUAUGGAUGGUGCAGAUAUGGGAGGAUUUUAUCUGAAAAUCCAGCCUUACAAACUUAACCGUGAGAAGGAAGAUUUUGCACCAAAGUUGAUAGAGGGAUAUAAUAGGAUAUAUGUUGGAAAUCUGCCAUGGGAUAUAACAGAUGAUGAUCUAAAAAAGUUCUUUUCUGAGUGCAAAAUUUCGUCCAUCCGGUUUGGAACAGACAAGGAGACAGGUGAGUUCAAAGGUUACGCGCAUGUUGAUUUUUCUGAUGGCACGUCUCUUGCUGUUGCUUUGAAGCUCGACCAGAAGGUGCUCAAGGGGCGCCCAGUCAGAAUCAGAUGUGCUGUUCCGAAAAAGGAUAACCAAAAAGUCAAUGAUAAUGGGAACUCAGAUCAAUUGAAAAGUAAAAUUCGGACAUGCUAUGAAUGUGGAACUCCUGGGCACUUCUCUUCUUCUUGCCCAAAUAAGAAGGAUUCUGAAGCAAGGAAGUGCUAUGAAUGUGGCGCCCCUGGGCAUGUGUCUUCCGCUUGCCCAAAUAAGAAGGAUUCUGAAGUAAGGAAGUGCUAUGAAUGUGGCGCACCUGGGCAUGUGUCUGCUGCUUGCCCAAAUAAGGAUUCUGAUGUAAUUUCUGAUGAAAAGGAGGCUAAUGCUAACUCAGUCAUAGCAGCCUCAAAGAAGAGGCGAACAUGUUAUGAAUGUGGCAUCCCUGGGCACCUCUCUUCUUCUUGCCCAAAUAAGAAGGAUUCUGAAUUUAUUUCUGAUGAGAAGAAGAUUAAUGUUGACUCAGCCACGGCGUCAUCGAAGAAGAGGCGGACAUGUUAUGAAUGUGGAACUCCGGGCCAUCUCUCAUCGGCUUGCCCAAACAAAAGGGCAUCAGACUCUGUUCUGAACAACAGAGAGCCUGUUGAUGAUGCAAAACCUGCAACUACCAUCAUGUCUGAGGAAACAAAAGUUGGCGACGAAUCAAAUCCAGCAGCUUCAAAGAAGAGGCGAAAAUGCUAUGAGUGUGGCAUCUCUGGUCAUCUCUCCUCGGCUUGCCCCAACAAAAAGGCUGCUGAGCCUGUCUGCAAUAUGGAGAAGCCUGACAAUCACUCAAAUACUGUACUAUCAGUCAUUGCUGAUGAAAAGAAGGCCAGUGAAGAAACAAAAUCUGCACCUGCAAAGAAAAAGAAGAGACGGACAUGUUAUGAGUGUGGCAUCGCUGGCCACCUCUCAUCAGAGUGCCCAAACAAGCCAGCUGCUAAGGUCUAA